AGGAUCAAGGUACGAAGAUGAAGAAAAGAUCGAGCUGCUAAGGUGAGCGUCAUGUUGUUGUACAUGUAGUCUAUUUCAUCUAGAUAGCAAGAGUCCCCUCAUCUUCUACUACAACUGAACCCCGAGAACGUCAUCGUUGGUGGAAGCACCACAGACAGUUUUGGUAGUGGUGGAGCUGGAACCACAUUAUCCUCUGCCGCGGCCACUUCUUCCCGAGAAAGUCUGAUGCAGCAGCAGGACGUGCUGAUUUCGGAUCCGCAGGUGCGGAAUGCGUGGCUGGGUUUGGUUCUCUCCGUGCUUUUCUUUGGUGUCAUGUACGCACCUGCCAGGAAGUACCGACACACCGACGGCGUCAUCUUUCAAUUUCUCAUGUCUUGUGGCGUGCUGAUGUAUUCUGAGUAAAAGCGUCCCUACCCCAGAGUUCUUGUCAUGCCGAUCUGCAUGCCAAAAAGGUUUCUCAUGCGGAUCCCCAUGAGAGCCAUUUUCUAAUCGUGUUUUGGAAUUUGUGAUGCUGGAGUCUUCAUGAUGCCCUAGAUCCGUGAUGCUUCGGAACUAGCUAGUAAAGAGGAUUCAUACAAGUACGAGGACAAACUUGUUAUGCGAAAGAACCAAAGGUGGCUCUUUUGUCUAGCGGAUUUCCCAUCUUGACUCUGCUGUGGGGGCAUUUUUACUCAGGAUAUGAUGUGCGGUUUCGCCAUGCAGAUCUUCAGCACCAUCGCCAUUCGCGACGAUCCGUAUUUCAAGGCUACUAGCCGUGCUAUGUUGAACAGUAGCGGAACUACUUCCUCUCUGUCGCCGGAUGAACAAGAAAGCGCCGGUGGUACUACAGCCUCCAACCUGGUCGACAUUUACACGGGGCUUCCCUGUGAAGCAGAAGUUCUUGCCCCUUCCCCCUCUGCUGCUGCUGCGGCAACUGGAGGAGCACCUGCAGCCACUGGAGGUAGUGGUCUUCUCCUUGGUGACGAGAUGAAGAGGGAAACGAGAAGUACGACCAGAAGUACUCUUUAUCCUGUGCAAAAGUAUCGUACUCGUAGUAUAAUUGCAAACAUGCAUUACAAAUCUUGUUCUCAAGCUAAAUCCGCAUUGCAAAUUUCAUUUCUCAUGCUGAGGAAAUCGAAAUUUGUAAUGCAAUUAUACGAAUAGGAAAUUUUUCUUUGCAAUGCAUACUCCGUCACUAUCUACUCCUUCCGUAGCUGCAACUACCGCGCUCUUGUCCUCCUCGCCUACCACUACCAGUCGCAGUGCCACGAGAAAUUUCUCCCUGGUGACCAACCUCCUGGAAGUUCUCGAGGACCCGACGGGCGGGGAGCUGUUGGAUCUACGGAAGAAGAUGAUGAAGGAAGGACAAGGAGCGGAUACAGCAACGACCAGGGAUCCUAACAAAAAGAGCCACAGCAUGAACACUGAGAACUCGUCGGGCGAAACUACACAACUGCAGGUACAGCCGACUUCUGCCUCCGUGCAUCAAGAAAGCGCUUAUGAACGGACAAAAUACAAUUUGACCCCAGAAAGAGCAUAUAGUGCCACGAGAAUGAAACUAGCGACCUACGAGAAUGAGGAAGCAAAUGGGGCUCCACCCGCUUACAACUUUUCCCGCUCCGGACGGGGUAGAAGCUGCGCUCUCAUAGGGCUUGCGCCCGUUUUUUCGCGCAAAGCUACUUGUUUUGCGUGCGGUUUUUCUCCGCUCGAGCGGUCGGGUGGAGAAAAACUGCAUUACAAAAUUGGAAAACCAGCCGGAUGCAGAUGCAGCUUUUCUCCCCGCAGGAGAAAAGCCGCGCCACAAAUUCGCAAACUCCGCUUCCUCCGGUUGGAGAAAGUGAAAGGCCGCACCUCCGGUUCUCCGCAUUACAAAUGCGGAAAGGUGACCUUUCCGCAUUACAAGUGCGGAAAGGUGCCCAUAGCCAUUGCAUUUGUAAUGCGGAGAGCCCGACCUUUCAAAGGUCGGGCUCUUCGCAUUACAAAUCCAAUGGGCGGAAAGGUCGGGCUCUCCGCAUUACAAAUGCGGAGUGCGGGGCUCCCCAGAGCUCGGGGUUCGGGUUGUGGGUAAAAUGGGGAAAGGGGAAAGCCCGGACCCUCGGGUUCUCCGCAACCCGGGCUCUUCUCCGCAUUACAAAUCCCCCCUUUCGCCACAAGCGGCUGCCACAGCCGCUGCACACCGUCGGGCGUAACCUUUUGCGCGAUGCUAUCCCCAAGCAGCAAUAUUCGCACUCCCGAUAGCAUCGGGCGUGAGGUUAUGCUGCAUGGUAUCGCUGCGUGCGAAUUUUCCUCGCAGCCAUACCAUGCUGCAUUAGGUUACGCACGACCUGUGGCUGUCUUUUUCUGCCCCCCUUGGGCGUUGUGCAGCUUCUUUUUACCCUCAAACACGACCGGACUCCGGGAAAAGUUGUGGCUUAGGGAGGAAGCACAACUUUUCCGCGGACCACGCACCCCAAGCCGGCCCCGCCCCAAGGGGCGCCCGCGAGACACGCCGGGGCCGCGCGCAAAAUUGUGGCGGUUGUCUUUGUUUCGCAAGCACGCACGCCCAUGAGAGUGGCCUCUCUAUUUUGCGCGCCGGCUGCAUCUACUCCGGGCCCGGGCCGGGGUUCUGAUUGAUGGGAGGCCGUCGGCCGUUCAUUCUCUUCGCUACCUAGGCUACCCAAAAGGCCGCGGCGCGCCCGGCGCUUUUAUUUUGAGGGCCAACGCCCCCUCGUGCACAUUUGACCCGGGGAUGUCGUGCGAAAAAAACGCGGGAAACCAGGGCGGGCCAACACAAAGAAGGCCAGCAACCGCCCCCGCAAAUCGGGGCGGAAGACUAACAGACACCAGGCGGGCCCGGCAACGCAAUAUACGGGGCGCGCCCCGCCUGUUUCUUUUCUGCAAUAGAAUCACCGGGCGGGGCCCGCUUUUGCGCGCCGCCUGCCUUUAUUUUCGCUCCCUGCUCGUUGCCCCGGCCCCGGCAGACUUGGGCGCAUUGCGCGAAGCCCUUGGCUUGGUGGGGCUUGCACGGAGCGGGACAAUUGCCGCCGCGCGCCCAAAGCUGUGUGUGCGCGGCCGGCGGGUUCUGUCUUCUCUGUGGACCGAAGGGCAGGCGCAUGCAACGGAGGGCGAAGGCCCCGGGCCCCGGUGCCGCCGGCACUAGAUGCAUUGGUGGCCACAUCAUGCAAUAGCUCGGCUCCUGCCCGCUGGCCAACAGGCUGGCCGCGCCCGCCUGAGCCCAGCCACAAUGUCCAGGGCCCGCCGGCCGGCACGGCUUGUGGCGCGCGCGUGUGGGCAGGCGGUGCCUGCGCUGCCACUGCAUCGGCCUUGCCAAUAUCCGCCAGCCCCGCCUCCUCGCCUCCCGCUUUCGCCGUUGCCCCCGGCCCCGCUGCGCCUGGGCCCCAUCCUGCGAGCGGGCGCCCGCCGAACAAUUUUCAGAAAAAAGAACUUCGGCAAAGCGUUGGGGCCCCCCGGCCGGAAAGAUCUUGGGCAGAAAUUUGCCCGAGGGGCGCCACGCGCCUGCAGCCUCUCGCCCUCCCUCUGGCCUUCUGGCCGGCCCCGGUAUUGCCGUCGGCGCGCUGCAUUUUUGGCAAGCGCCAGCAGUUUUCCCCCAGGCCCCGGGCAUUUUCCGUGUGCUUCCGGGUUGCUGCGGGCAGGCUCCCAUAACUUGCGGCGCGAGAAUGAUUCUCGUGGCGGGCUUCGCAUCUGCAUGAAAUUCUUUGCCAUUCUCGCGCAAACGUAGUGCUUCCGCGAGAAUGGAGAGGCGUUUCACGUCGAAAGCUAGGCCCUGCGAGAAUCAUUCUCGCGCCGCUCUUUCUCGGGUCCGCCCGGCGCGGUUCCGAAUCCCACUUGCCCGAGCGGAAAAAUCGCGCAAACCCGGCUCACGCCGGCCCGGCGGGCAGCUCCGCGCGAGGCAUUGGGGCAGUGCCGCGCAGGGAGAAACAGGGAAGCGGGCGCGGCUUGGGGGACGACAUAUGUGGGCUGGCGCAACGAGAGGAACAAGGCGCCGGUGUGUGCCUCCCAAUCUGACGACCACCAGGCAGCGGGCCCGCGCGGGCGCUGAAUACAACAGGCCCGGGCGCCGGGCGGUGUCUUUUCAAUCGCCACAGGCUGUGGCCGGCCGCUGCUCGACGCGGGCGGGCGGUUCUAUCUGGGGCCGCCCAGAAAGCCAACCGCCCCCAUUGUGGCAAGAAUGAACGUCCGCGCGCGCGCUGGGAGUUGAGGCCGGCGGGGUGGGUGCAAGCCGAGCUCCCACGGCCUGGCAGACUGUCAUGCCGCCGCGGCCCGGUCCCUCCGACAGGGCUCACGACGGUGGGCUCGGAAGAUGCCCGGCCAAACAUGUAGAAAACAUCGGGCCCGGGGCCCCCGCUUCCGGUUUUCAGACCAUUCGGCCCCGGCUCCGCGGUUGCGCGCGAUCGAAGGUCUGAGGAAGGUGCGCCACAGCGAAUGCACCGCUGGGCCUGCCAUGGCAGUGGCCCUGCCCCACGAAUCGCCGGGGCCCCCGCCUCCUUCACACCUCGUCGGACGGUCGCCCGGGCAAGGUGGGCCACCAAAUGGUAUGCGUGCGCCCGUCAGACUCUCUCCACCGGCAUGCGCAUGGCCGGCAUCGAGCCGCCAGCGGGUCGCGCUUUUUGCAGAGGCGCCCUCCCCCCCCCCGCUUGGUUGGUGCAUCGCUACCGGCGCUGCCCCAGAAACACCGCCAGCGCACCGGCGCCCCUCGUUCCGCGCCCUUUCUUUUGGCCCCAGCAGGAAAAGAAACGAAAAAACAAAACGAAAAGCCACGCAGCCUGCUACAAAAAGCGCGCCGGCUACACAACGAAGGCGCGCGCUGGCCCCUCAUUGCUAGCGACCGGACCCUCGGGGCCCGGCGCAAAAACGGCAAACGCCAAAAAUCGGCCGUGUCUGCGAAGGUGUAUGCUUGCGAAACACCGAACGCCGCGGGAAUUUGGACCAUUGACUGCAUGAGGGCCCGCGCGGCCCCGUGGUUUCAUGCGGGAAAAGAGGCACCGCGGGGCCGGCUUGGGGUGGUCCGCGGAAAAGUUGUGCUUCCUCCCUAAAAGCCACAACUUUUCCCGGAGUCCGGUCGUGUUUGAGGGUAAAAAGAAGCUGCACAACGCCCAAGGGGGGCAGAAAAAGACAGCCACAGGUCGUGCGUAACCUAAUGCAGCAUGGUAUGGCUGCGAGGAAAAUUCGCACGCAGCGAUACCAUGCAGCAUAACCUCACGCCCGAUGCUAUCGGGAGUGCGAAUAUUGCUGCUUGGGGAUAGCAUCGCGCAAAAGGUUACGCCCGACGGUGUGCAGCGGCUGUGGCAGCCGCUUGUGGCGAACGGGGGGAUUUGUAAUGCGGAGAAGAGCCCGGGUUGCGGAGAACCCGAGGGUCCGGGCUUUCCCCUUUCCCCAUUUUACCCACAACCCGAACCCCGAGCUCUGGGGAGCCCCGCACUCCGCAUGUGUAAUGCGGAGAGCCCGACCUUUCCGCCCAUUGCAUUUGUAAUGCGGAGAGCCCGACCUUUGAAAGGUCGGGCUCUCCGCAUUACAAACGCAAUGGCUAUGGGCACCUUUCCGCACUUGUAAUGCGGAAAGGCCACCUUUCCGCAUUUGUAAUGCGGAGAACCGGAGGCGCGGUCUUUCACUUUCUCCAACCGGAGGAAGCGGAGUUUGCGAAUUUGUGGCGCGGCUUUUCUCCUGCGGGGAGAAAAGCUGCAUCUGCAUCCGGCUGGUUUUCCAAUUUUGUAAUGCAGUUUUUCUCCACCCGACCGCUCGAGCGGAGAAAAACCGCGCGCAAAACAAGUAGCUUUGCGCGCGAAAAAACGGGCACAAGCCCUAUGAAAAGCGCAGCUUCUACCCCGUCCGGAGCGGGAAAAGUUGUAAGCGGGUGGAGCCCCAUUUGCUUCCUCAUUCUCGUAGGUCGCUAGUUUCAUUCUCGUGGCACUAAAUGCUCUUUCUGGGGUCAAAUUGUAUUUUGUCCGUUCAUAAAAGCGCUACCAGACCACCAGAAGGAGGUCGUGAAGAUGCUGCUUUAGCACAUACUAGCAACACGAACAAAAACUACAAUCAUGCCAGAAAGAAUGGCGAACGCGAUGAGCAGGGACAUGAUCAGGAUUUACGCCAAGGGCCAGGCGCUGAUGAAAACGAUACAAAUAGGGAAAAGUGGCUCGACAAGAAGAACGAGGAGGAAAACAAGAACGCAGAAGGGGCCUCUAUUACAACAACAUCAUCUCGGGUGGACAAAGAAAAUGGUGAUCGUGGUCAAGAAGAUGAUGAAACUGAAUUUACGAAAACGAAGAUGAACAGUAGCAAGAAUUAUGCUGCAGCACCGGCUACGAAAACGAACGACGACAAAUAUAUCAGCUGCACUUCUACAUCUAAUUCAAAUUCUAAUACCGCUGCCAGCGACGGCCGUGAGUUUCUUUUGAUGAACCAGCAGCAGCAGCAGCAGCGACAGAACACGUUUCAUACAACAGUUGUAUCGUCUACUAGAACUACCUCCUCGCAAGAAGAAGACCAUCGAGGCGGACGGAGCUUGGCAGCUGCACCUCCGAGCGAUUAUACUGGCGACGCAAGUGGAAAAGCAGAGAAAUCUUACAGCAACACAAAUUACAAUGACCAAUACCGACGGGGGCAGUGGAAAUCUGCCGGGGGUACAAGAGCAACGCCUGCCAGUGCAAACAAUAAUAUCCCGGAGGGACAACACGAUAAUCUUCUUCUGCACAACAAUGAACAAACCCCGUCCACCGAGCAAAAGCGCAGCAAUCAGCCUUCCAAGCCGCCAAGCCACUGCAGGGAGCGGUCGCUAAUGUGGGACGGAUUUUUACUCAUCAUUCCGGAGGGCCUGCUGGGGGGAGUCUUCUGGGGCUUAUCCAACCUGUGUGUGUUAGUGUCGGUAUUUGUAUUUUCCUUUUUUUAAGAAAAAGAAUAGCAAGCUGACGAGUGAUAACUUCCUACUUGUUGCCAUUUUAUUCUCCACUUUUCUCUUCUAGUACGACCAUAAUUCGUUCAGCAUUGAUACAACUAAGACUCCAUGUGCAAAAAACACAAAACAAAGGAAUAAACAACAAUCAGGUGAAGUUCCUCGGUCUGGGUGUGGGUUUUACCCUUUACCAUGCGGUAAACCUUAGCUUUGCCUACUGCGUCGGCAGGUUCGAUCUUUUCGGCGUCCCCCCCGAGUCCCGGAAAAAUUGGGUGCAAGACCUGUCGCAGGUGGUGAAUGUGAUUGCGUUCAUCCUCGUGAUGUGCGUCGAAACCAAUGGCGGGGGUAGUAGUAGUGGUACUAGCAGCGGAAGGAUCUCCAAACACGGCGCAGUUCUUGCAGCACAACAGGCCGCAACUUCUCCCGGCUUAUCUACUACUUUGGAGAACAACGAGAAGCAGCAGCUUCAAAUUACCACACAGCGCAGUCGCGGCGAGUCAAAAAUUAUCAAAUGUAAAAAUGUCUGGGUCUGGAAGAAUGCAACUUGUCAUGCUGCAUUUGGAUUCCAGAAAAAUCUGUAUUGCAUGAGUACCGAAAGGAAUGUACUUUUUGCUACGCGGAGAGGGUAUUUGUCAUGCGGAAUAGGCAUCAAAAAGCUCUGAAAAAAUCUGUGAUGCUAAAUCUGCAUGCAUCACAGACAUCAGGGCUCAUGCAAAACGUGCAUGACAAGUAUCAGAAUGUUCCAGACCCAGACAUUUUUACAUUUGAUAAAAAUUUCUGGCAGUAGCACUUCGCGGUCCAGUGCAGCUUCGGCGCAGACAACUGGAGCACACGAAGGUAUCCUGUGCAAAAGUAUCGCAUUCGUAUUGCAGUCAUGCACUACAAAUCUUUUUUUGAAGGUAAAUCCGCAUUACAAAUUUUCUUUCUCAUGCUGAGGAAAUUUGUAAUGCAUUUAUACGAGUACGAUACUUUUCCACUGCAUAGAAGGCCAGGAAGGCCGGAUCUCGACGCUUGCCGAGGACCAGCUUCCGACUUCUGAAAUGGUGGGCCAGCUGUCCUCCAAUAGCGGCCGGGGACACAGUUUGCUACACUUAAGGCCAGUGGAUCUGGAGGACGAAGCGGACAUUCGGGAGGGCGCGACACAGGACGACGUCGAGGGAAACCUUCAUCUUCCAGCAGGGCGAACGAGUACUCCGCAGCAGGGCGACGUGUACCAAUUUGAGCCGAAUCUUCUUCUGCACCAAGACAGCGCUGAGACUUCUACCGCGCACCAGCACCUGAGCCGGACCAUGAAGAAGGCAAUCGGUUUAUCGUAAGGAAAAAUCCCCCCUCCCCAUAUCGAAAACGUAUCCGUCUGAAAAUUUGUGAUGCGCAUUUGUGACCUCAAAUCCUGUCUGUCUUGCAAGAAGGCAAGUCCAGAAAGCGUUCCGCAUUUUGCAGGCGGUUUGUGAUGCUGUUGGGCUAAGAGCGUACGCGUUUGCCAUGCUAGGCGCCUACGUCAAAACCUCUCGACUGAGGCUUGGCAUAUGCCUGCAGUCCUCUACUGCAAGACAAAUCCGAUUUGUGUAUGGAAAUCCAGCAUCAGAAACUUCGUUUCGAUAUGGGGAGGGGGGAUUUUUCCUUUUGAUACGGUUUUACCGUGGGCUUGACCGCGGGCGUGUUUUUAUCAAAUGCAAAUAUGUGGUCUGGGUCUGGAAGAAUGCGAGAUUUGCCAUGCUGGUCUAGCAUGACUCUGCACUCUGUAUUGCGUGGCCACCAAGAGGUCCUCUUGCCUGUCAUGCAAAAGCUCAGUUUCUCAUGCGAAAUACGCAGCACAGAAAGACGAAAAAGCUUGUCAUGCUUGGCGGCGCAUUACAGAGCACUUUAUUGUUCACGGACUUGCAUCACAAGUUUCCAGACCCAGCAGACAUUUUUGCAGUUGAUAGUUUUGCGGCCUGAACCAAGUCCCGUAUUCCGUGUGGACCGGAACCAGCCAGGGGAAAGCCACUCCGUAUCAAACUGAAAAAUGCCCCCACCCCAUGUUCAAAAGACAAUUUGCGUUGCUGGAUUUGUGUACACAAAUGAACUUUGUAUUGCAGCAAGAGAUGAUUGUCGGCAUAUUCUCAGCCCAUUUGCGUACGCAUCCCGCUAGCACCUGCGCAUGACGAGAAACAAGUGCGACAUCGGCGAAAACGCAUGACAGACUGGCUGCACAAUGCGCCACAUGGGUGUCGUUUGCCUUGUACGCAAGACAAAGCUGAUUUGUGGCCACAAAUCAGCAUCACAGAUCUUCUUUUCGAUAAUGGGGAGGGGAGAUUUUUCCUUACAAUACUCCCGUGCACUUGUUUACCCUGAGCCAGACCCUCGGGAUUUGGUUCUCUGCGGCCUUCGCGUUUGCCGUGUACGAUGUCCUGCUGACGACGGUGAGGUAUGCAUUGCGAAAGUGUCGUACUAGUAGGAAUGGCAUUACAAAUUCGCUCAGCAUGACAACUGGAAUUUGUCAUGCUGAUUUUCCUUGCGAAAAAAAUUUGUCAUGCAUGACAGCAAUUACUACGAGUACGAUACUUUUGCAUUUCAUAUGAAGCCCAACCCCGUCACCGGCAAGGUGUUCAAUCUGAUCAAGCCCAAGCAGCUGACCAAAGUGCCACCCUUUUACGCCGCCAUGAUCCCGGGGGUGUUGUGGACCCUGGGGUUUUACUUCGGCUUGUCGGGGGUAGCGCUCUUCGGGCUGGGUAUCGGCUACGUGCUCACUGCGGUCGGCCCGGUAGCCGUUUCCGGGAUGAUAGCGACGCUAGUGUUUGACGAGAUCGCCCACUGGAAGCAAAAGGUUUUAUUCUGGACCGCUGUCGGCUUGAUGGCCUUAUCGCAGGCAGCGCUGAUCGGGUUCUCGGAUUGAUACGACCACGCUGUGGUGUUUGUCAUGAGUCAAUUAUUUCUGAAAUGUGCAAGCAUAUUCACGUCGUGGUCGCGAGUGCUGCGUAGGAAUUCAGCUAUUCUCGGAGGACUUGACUCGACGCACUAGCGUUCCGGCGCUAAAUUUCACACUGUAGGCCACACAACGAGGACCUCCUCCCACUUAAUAUCUAUGAAGAGUACUACCGCGGCGUGCUGGUGGUGCUUUGUUUAUUUAUCUACACGCACGACAUUUAUCUUUUGCUAGUGGAAUGAGGAACGCACUUUCUAUCCUUUUCUGCACGGUGUUUAGGCCGGAGAUGAACUACCCAGAGAAAAUCAACGAAGCUAUCGUCACUUUGAUGUACUUAUUCGCUCUUUUUUCGUAGGUAACGGCGCCUGUUUUUUUUUUUUAACGUUGAGGUGUAGUUUGAGACUUCAACAGCUUUAGCAGUACCAACAAAAUGAUCGUUGAAAUCAACCCACACCAGAGAGAAAUUAACAGAAAUUAACAGCAACUAGUGCUAUUACUUUCAUUUGAGUUUUUUCAAUUUGCCAGACUCACAAACAACGAUUACGAUUCUAUUUCAUCCAAAAUCUUCUAGGGUUUAGAUUUAGUACCUUAAUUUGAUACAUAUUUAUACCUAGCGUUCGUAGUCCUUCAAAAACAACAGAGAAAUCCACCGCACCAAUCCACCGCACCGAGCAAGACUCGUGGUUUAAGUAUUUGGCGCCACGUUUCCAUCUCGAAGAAAUCCACUUACCUUGCUAGAAGUCCAACUGUGCUGGUGUAGAGUAAAAAAAACUGUUCCUAGCUGCGUCAUGUAUGGUUGUCGUGCUCUCUACGGCACGACGAAAUAGGUUGUCUUCAUCCAAAAACCACUACGAAGAAUCAUUUUUUUUUUUAUUUUGCGACGUGGCAGCCACGCCACAACAACUUAGCC